AUGUUUCGGACUAUUCGUCGUUUCCCGUGGGUCACUAACGUGGGCCUGUACGGGUGCCUGUUUGCGGGAGGAGACCUGGUGCACCAGUGCUUUUCGAGCUCAGAACAAGUCAACUGGACUCAGACCCGGAACGUCGCAAUCGUAGCGUUCAGUUUCCAUGGCAACUUGAGCUUCUUCUGGAUGCGGUUUUUGGAGCGUACGUUCCCCGGAAACUCCUUCAGGAUUGUCCUGCGUAAACUCGUCCUGGACCAAACCAUAGCAGCGCCACUGGCCACCAGCGUCUUCUACACAGGUUUGAGUUUUCUAGAGGGAAAAGAAGACAUAACACAGGACUGGAGAGAAAAGUUCUUAAAUACAUACAAGACUGGAUUGAUGUACUGGCCUUUUGUGCAGUUCCUGAACUUUGCCAUGGUGCCCCUCUACAUGCGGACCCCCUUCACCGGCUGCUGUGCAUUUGUUUGGGCGACGUUUCUGUGUUUCUCGCGGCAAAAUGGAGACGGCACAGCGGCUGCAGCUAUUUCGUGGCUGUUCCCAAACAGAGAUAACCAGGACCAGACAAACAUGGCAUCCAAAGAUGGACAAGAAGCUGCCAAAGCCACUGGCAAAUGA